UUUCCAGGAGACAAGUCGGAGCGAGACCGGCGGCUGCAGACCAAGAUGACAACCAACCUGAUCAUGGCCAGAGACAGACUCAGGUCCUUAGUGGAGCUUCUCUCCGUCUCCGGGGCUCAGCCGGAGGUCUCCAACCCCGCCCACCGUCCUUCUCUGCUUCGUUCGGGGACGUCUGUCCGGCCCGGCGCCGUCCCCAGGAAGAGAGACUCUGUCCCUGCACCAACCGGGCGCCCAAAGACGUCCUCCUUGUCCUCGGGGGUUGUCCCUCGCUCCGUGCUGCUCGGUCCCCAGCGCCCCCCCGCCCACGCUAACAGCAACAGCCAGGACAGAACCAGUCGCCGCAGCGCUGCGGUACGGGUCCCGCCGCCGCCGCCGUUGGAAAAGAACGACACAAAGAAGAACCUGAAGAACGUAGACGGGAAGCUCGCCGACCUCAUCCUGACCGAGAUCGUAGACCG